AAUUUAUUUAUGAGGAAUUGCAUAAGAUCUGCUUUUCGUUCAAAUGCUUAACUUAGAGGUGCUUGGUCUUAAAAUUAUUUGCAAAAGCCAGGAGAAGGAGCUUUGAAAAAUGUAACUUUGAUUCCAGGAGUAGGAAUAGGACCUGAAAUAACAAGUAUUAAAAAAAUAGAAAUUAAUAGAUAGUGUAAGAACUGUAUUUGAAGCAUUACAUGUUCCAAUAAAAUUUGAUGUGUUAGAAAAUUUCAAUUUUGAGAAUGAUGAUUCAAAGAAGCAAUUAAGAAAAAAUGAAUGUAUUCUAUUGGGAGUGAUGACUGAAAAGAAUUAAAAGUAUACAGAUAAUUACAAGUUCUAUAAAUAUUUAGACUUGUAUUCAAAUAUUACAUUUGCUUUUUCCGUUGAAGGGAUUACAUAAAGACAUAAUAAUACAGAUAUAGUAGUGAUAAGAGAAAAUACUGAAGGUAAGAAUUUAAAAAGAUAAUAAUAGGUGAAUAUUCAGGAGUUGAGCAUGAGGUAUAUCCAGGAGUAGUAGAAUCAAUAAAAGUGACUACAAAAUAAGCAUCUCUAAGAAUAGCUGAAUAUGCAUUUGAAUUUGCUCAUCUUAGUGGUAGAAAGAAGGUUACAGCUGUUCACAAAGCUAAUAUAAUGAAACUAGUAGAUGGACUAUUUUUAUAAGCAUGUAGAGAAGUAGCAUAAAGAUAUUCAUUUAUAAAAUAUGAAGAAAUGAUUAUAGAUAAUUGUUGUAUGCAAUUGGUAAAGAAUCCAACAUAGUUUGAUGUAAUGGUUAUGCCAAAUUUAUAUGGCUCUAUUGUUUAAAAUGUAGUUGCUGGUAUCACUGGAGGAGUAGGAAUGGCUGCUGGAGCAUCUAUUGGUAGAGAUCAUGCUCUCUUCUCUUAAGGUUGUAGACAUACAGGAAGAGAUAUAGCAGGUAAUCUUAUCUAUAUUCUAGGCAAAAAUGUUGUGAAUCCUUCUGCUAUGCUUGUUUCUUCCACUCUUUUGCUAAGACAUCUUGGUUUACCAAACUUUGCAGAUUAAAUUUGUAGAUCUGUUUAAUAUACUAUUUAAAAUAAAAAAGUAACCAAUCUUUUAUUCUUUAGAUUAAAACUAAAGAUAUUGGUGGAAAUGCAACUACAGAUCAGUUCACAAAUGAAGUUAUCAAAAGUUUAGGAAAAUGAUAUUUUUAUAUAUUUAAGUUUAUGUAUCUAUUUUAUUAUAAUCUCC